UCCAAUAUGGCGGCAUCCAUAGCCAGGUUCUUUUCACGUGUAUCGUGGCAUGGUUCUUGUAUUAUUUUGAAAAACACACUCCCAUGUAUAUCGUUAAGAUACACGUUUCAUCGCUCUGCAACAACCCAAAGUGGACUUCUUUUUUCGCUAAAUAAACGGGGCAUUUUGAAGGAUGCUUUCCCCGAAAACGCAGCCCAAGAUCAACUUCCUCAACUGCUGCAGUCUGGGUGCCAGACCGUGUACUGCGGAUUCGACCCCACGGCGGACAGCCUUCACGUGGGUAAUUUACUCGCCAUCGUCGGGCUAUUGCAUUUUCGAAGCGCAGGACACAACGUCAUCGCUCUAAUCGGUGGUGCAACUGCACAGAUAGGGGACCCAAGCGGGAAAACGAGCGAGAGAGAGCAGCUACCGUCUGAUGUAGUGGAGGACAAUACAAGGGCUAUCAGGGACAGCUUGCAACGAAUCUUCACCAACCAUGAACUGCAUUUCCACAACGACUCUAAAAAGCUUGGCACUGUAACCCUAUUGAACAAUUUAGCUUGGUACAAAGACUGGAAUGUGGUUUCUUUUCUGUCAGAAGUUGGCAGACGUUUCCGAAUGGGGACCCUGCUCAGUAGGCACAGUGUCCAGUCCAGGCUGAAGAGUGCAGAGGGCAUGAGCCUAACUGAGUUCUCUUACCAGCUGUUUCAAGCUUAUGACUUCUACCACCUGAACCAGAAUCAUAGCUGUAAGAUCCAGCUGGGAGGGACAGACCAGCUGGGCAACCUGAUGUCUGGGCACGAGUUUAUACACAAGGUGACUGGACAGGAUGUGUAUGGGCUGACCAUCCCACUGGUGACCAGCUCUGCGGGGGACAAGCUGGGGAAGACAGCAGGCAAUGCAGUGUGGCUGAACAGGGACAAGACAUCUCCGUUUGACCUCUAUCAGUUCUUCCUCAGGCAGCCCGACAGCAGUGUGGAAUGGUACCUGAAGCUGUUCACCUUCCUACCCCUGGCGGAGGUGGAGAGGGUGAUGGAGCAGCAGAGACAGGAGCCAGGCAAACGGCCCGCACACAAACGCCUCGCCGCCGAAAUCACCAAACUGGUCCACGGCAAGGAGGGUCUGGAGAGUGCCAAACGGUGCACCAAUGCCCUGUACCACAGUAACCUACAGGCCCUGGAGCAGAUGAGCGAUGCUGAGCUGCAGGAGCUCUUCCGAGAGGCCUCUUUCCAUGAGCUGCUGCUGGAGCCAGGGACCACAGUACUGGAUGCCUGCCGCAGGGCAGAGGCCAUCCCCCAGGGGGGCAAAGGGUAUCGCAUGGUAUCAGAAGGAGCUGUAUGGAUCAACCACAGUAAGACAGACAGCCCAGAGCAGGUACUGAUCCCUGGACAGCACCUCUUGGCCAACGGACUUUCUCUCCUCAAAGUGGGCAAGAAGAACUUCCACAUCAUCAAGUGGCUCAAUCUGUGAGUGGCACUGGGAAAAAACUACUAUGGACUGUUUGUGGACUGGAGGUAGGACCGCAAGCUGGGAGGCUUAGGUGAAGGGAGAUGGAUAUUGGAAAUGGACCUGUGUUGUUUCAAUACAUCCCUGUUGGUGUCUGAGGGGAUGUAGUGCACUAUAUAUGUGUGGAUUGAAUGAUGCUGAAAGAUGUGGUAUUAAGUAUAUUUGUUAGAAGGUUUUUGUCUUGUUAGUUGUAUGUUACAUACUGUGUCCGUAAACUGUUUUAUUUUUGUAAUCAUUCGAUAUUAGAUGGCAGAUUUGCCUACUAUUGAAUUUCACCACUAGGUGUCAGUAUUGUCUUCUCUUUCAAUGAGGACCGGGAAAAGCCUCCUUUAGCAAGCCUGAAGCAAAGCUCGGUUGUGAGACCCUAGUUACAUCCAGGAAUUAAAAUUCAAUGGCAGAAAUAUCUUACAGCUAAAAUAAAUGAUAAUUCAAAAUAAAAUAAAAAAUGACAAUAGGAAAUUAAGGAAGUAUAUUUCCUGAAGAAAAUGUGUGCUUUCUAGCUUGUUUUAAAGUAUUUAUGGUUUUUGAAAUAAGUUGUAGUAGUGGUACUGACUAAUGGUGCGUGGGUCAGCUGUUUGUUCACCCGCACCCGCCCGCAAUUGCUAAUAACCCAUCUGCAACCGCACGACUACAUGUGAUGAAAUAAGAUGUAGAAAAUGCGCUGUAGGCAUGAUUUAGAUAUGUUUCUGCAUAUAAUUUCCGACAUAUUGGUAGGUUAUUUGUUAGUCAUGAUUCUGCUUAUAAUUUCCAACAUAUUUGUAGGCUGUUUGUUAGUCAACUUGCCAAUAAUUGGAUGCAUGUAGCUUCUCUUCUGUCAUUAUUAUGUUUCCCUAGAAGACGACAUAAACCCUUGCUCACCAGAAUAAUGUAAUAGAUCCCGAGAGUGAAAGCUUCAAUCUAGUUGACAUCAGUAAUGUUUUUUCUGUCUUCUUUUGCAGAGCAAAUAGGUUUAGGGACUGGGGAGAAAGUACAAUGACGCAACAACAACAAAAAUGAUUUCUGUGCAAAAUGUCCAAAUGACAUCAGUUUGACCGGUUGUAAGGGAAAAGAAAGAAAGGUUAAAAUGACCCAAAGUGUUUCUGAUAAUAUUUCAGUUUGGCUUCGAUGCAUAUUUUAUGUGUUUGAAAUACUAUCGGCUUUUAUGCUGCUCUUAUGAUGAAGACAGCACCUCUGCAGGUCUAUCUAACUUGAGCAAUGCGUUCUAUCAAAAUGCAGAAAGAAAGAAAUCAUAGUCCAAAUUUUGCGUACAUUUGGUGUAUAAUUUUACUGUAAAGAAAUGCUUAAUUCUGCAGGAGUUAUUAAGGCUAUGUGAGAGGUUAUAGACCUAGAGUCAGUGUCCAGAUUUCAGUUUCCAUUUAACCCAUCUGAACACUAGGCUACAGUUCCCUUGACGUGCCAUAGGCCUAUUUGAAGUCCCGUCUUGUGACUGUGGGAUUUGUACAGCGCCGCACAAUCAUCACACACAGCAUCCUCUUUUACCACUUCACCAAAUCUUUCCCAAACAUGCCUUUUCUGGCCCUCCCUUCUCUUUGUCAACUCUCCUUUCACAGCUUUGGUCUUGUUGAAUUAAACGUCCACAAUGUCAUUUUUAACCUCCGUGGAUUGACAUGAAUUUUUUUCCUCCCGUUCGCAAAAGCAUUAUUUGGUGAUUGGAUGUGUAGGCUAUUUGGCGCAUACAGUUAAGUUCUAAAGCAUAGGUUUAUGCACUAAUACCAGAUAGCCUAAAAUAGUGACAGAAAAACCUCAAUGUAGCCUAUAUAAAUUGCACAAGAAUUAUACAUUUUUUUCAUGGAUUUAAUUUUUUAAGGUAUUGUUUCUCUUUGUUCAACCCGCCCGCCACGCACCCACCCUUCAGCCACACAAUAUUUAGUGACCCUAAACCCAUCCGCCAUGUGGAUGAUGAGUCAACCCGCGCAUCACUAGUAGUGACUCCAAUGGGUGGUGACUGGUUAUAGUUGGAAAAGUAUGUAUAUGGAAAGAUUGAUUGGCUGAUUGAUUGAAUGGAUAGCCUGAACAUGGUGUCUAGCUUGAAUGGUGUCUAGCUUGAAUGGUGGGUGCCGCUGCCAGGUGCAUAUAGGUGGAACACAGGCUUGGUGGUUGGGGUAUUUUUAUUUGGUUGUUAAUGUGUUUCAACACAUGCUUUCUGUUUUUCAUAGUUGUAAGAAAGGCACUCCACAAAUUAAAAUUGAUUGAACACUUGAACGUUGGUGUUUUUAGUUGUACAGUAACAUAAACUAAUGAAAAUGCUAUUGUUAUACAUAAAAUAAAAAUCGUAUUCAAAUCUUACCUAAGCUCGUCAUAAACACAACCAAAUUAUUAUUUUUUGCAAUAGCAUAUAUGACAUGUAUUAAUUACACUGUUAGAUUGUUGCAGUGAGAUUGACCGCUUAUUAGCUUGAAGGGGGGGUCCCUCGAGGCCCCAGUUCUAGUGUUAAAUGGUUCAAGAAGAGUUGCGUUGCCAAAUGUUCCCCAUGUAAGUCUAUAGCUCUUUCAUUGCCAUUGAAGUGCAUUGGGAGCUCAUUUAAAAAUUGUUGUGGUACAAAAAAUGUAUAGAUGCUGUAAAAAAAAAAAAGUAGAAUUUUUUUAAGGAAAGUUGGGGUGGUCUGCACGUUUGAAUGUUGGUUUUGUGUUUAUAGCUUAUACGGUUACAGAAUUUACGCACAUUUCAGCUGAUUAAAGGAUGGAGGAAUUAAAUAAUGAAUGAAUCUACGAAGUGUUUCCAAUCAUCCUGAAGUUGGUCUGGAGUUUCUAGCUUGAAUGGUUAGAAAACAGUGGCACUGUGACUACUGUAUCUACCUCGCAUGGUCACCAUUGACUCUCAUGUUACUAUUGCACAUUUUAAAUCAGAAUAGUUCAAAAAGUGUCAAUGGUAUCAAAAAGUCUUUGACAACCAAUCUAAGUAAGGUCCGUCUGAACAUCCCAAUGUUGUUUUUGGUGUUAAUAGGUUAAACGGUUCAGGAAGAGAUGCGCGGCCAAAUUGUAUCAUUUUUAACAUUGAAGUCUAUGGCCCUUUUGAUUUCCAUGAAAUAUUUUUUUUAGAGCAAUGUAAGUUGGGGCCGUCUGGACAUUUGAAAGUUGGUUUCUUGUUAAUGUCUUAUAGUUUCAGCUCGAAAGAGGGCGGAAUACAUGUACUAAAUAGAAGUAUGUAAGAAAUCCAGUGUCCUGCCUUCACCAUGCACACUAAUUAAAAACAAGUGCAUGUUUGUCACAUUGUACUGCCAAGUCUGUCUCUAUUGCAGAUGGCGAAGAAGUUAUUGGAACUUGUAUAGGUAGUAUUUUUUUCAAAAUGGUCUUGUUUCGAUAUAUUGCAGAGGAAGAUUGUUUUCCCAAUGAGAGAUGCUUGCCACUACUGUGAUACCCAUCCCUUUUGCUGGGGUGACCACUGGUGACAUUGACUGAGCCCAGAUAAGUAAAUAUUCUCCUCUAAAUCCUGGAGAGAAAUAAGUCAACGGCAGUGUAAAAUAAUUAAAAUGUUCAGAUUUGUAGAAUGCUUGACAGAUAUGACAAUGGAAGUGUGCCUACCUCAUGCAGCAAGUUGCUUCACACUGACUUGUGUAUUUUCAAACGUUUCAAAUCAUUAAGGUGGUAUUACAAUCUCUACAUGUAUUGAAAAACUAUUAGAAUUCUAGAAUUCACAAAUAAAAUUAGAUUUCCUCCUGUAUAUUUAUUGUUACAUUUUGGUGCUGAAAAACUCUUGACACAGAGAUAGACAACAUUGCCAUUCAAGUAUUCUCUCAACAUAAAGUAUCCAUUAUUCGUUUGUUGACGUUUCCUUAUAGUGGCCUUUAUUUCGUUACAUCCACUGCUACAAUGUUACAGAUGCCUAUUGUGAUUACAGCAGGUUUCAUGAAGUUUAACGUAUAGAAGAAAGCCUU